GCCUUUUUCCUGAAUGAAAGACUAGCCGAGCCAAAGCAGCAGGCUGCACUCUUGGGCUGCAUUUCCCAUUGAAAGCCUUUCGUUUUGCAUUCCAGCUUUAGACUAAAGAAAGAUGAAGUUCAUCCUUGGAAUUGGAGGGGUGACCAAUGGGGGCAAAACCACCUUGACCAAUAGGCUGAUCAAAGCCCUUCCAAACUGUUGCGUCGUCCACCAGGACGACUUCUUCAAGCCACAAGAUCAAAUACAAGUCGGGGAAGACGGCUUUAAGCAAUGGGAUGUGCUGGAUUCCUUGGAUAUGGAGGCGAUGGUGAGCACCGUGCGAGCCUGGGCCGAGAACCCGGUGAAAUUUGCACGGUCGCAUGGGGUGAGUGUGUCACACAGCUCCCAGCCACUCCGCUCCGAGGACGACAUCCACAUCCUGGUUGUCGAGGGAUUUCUGCUUUACAACUUCAGGCCACUGGUGGACUUGUUCAACAAGCGCUACUACAUCGCCGUCCCUUACGAUGAAUGCAAACGGAGGAGGAGUACACGCAAAUAUACAGUUCCUGAUCCUCCAGGCCUUUUUGACGGCCACGUUUGGCCUAUGUACCUUAAACACAGGAAGGAGAUGGAGGCCAGUGAGGUUGACGUUGUGUAUCUGGACGGCUUGAAGUCCCGAGACGACCUCUAUAAGCAAGUCUUCGAAGAGAUCCAGAAUACGCUCUUAAAUACUUCAUAGGACCGACGGAAAGCUCCGCAUACUAACCUUGAUGUAUAUAUUACUUCGAACGUCAACGGGGUUUUGAAUAUUCACGACGCCUGUGUGUCCCUGUUCUUUGGGGAAAUACCCCUUUUUUGUUUUUGUUUUUUUGUUUUGUAUAUAACUGAAUGUCCAGCUAAUUUAUUUGCAAACCCAAGGGCAGUUUUUUUAAAAUCUUUUUUAUUCUCGUGGUUUCAAUGCAGCCUUUUUGUAAGGCGAGUUUGUAAAAUAGCCCUUCCUUCCUGAUUGUGUCUUUUGUUUGCUUCUAUCCUAUGCCCAGUAAAAAAAAUCAUAAUUCAA